UAGAUUCUACCAAAGCUCACAAUCGUUCUGAGAGAUGCAGAGGCGAAAGAAGUCAAUAGGCUCAAAAACUCUAUAAAAAUCAAUAAAAAUAAUCGUCCAGAGAAUGCUGAGAGUAACAAUUCUACUGAUCGCGCUGCACGGCGCACAUCAAGCUACGGCACAUUUGCUUGACCUCGAAGGCUGUGGAAUGAACCGGAUGCAAAACAACGAAACUUUGGGAAAUAAUGACAAUCUUGGGCAGCUUCCAUGGAUAGCGUCGAUAAAAUCGAGUUCUGGGCAACAUAUCUGUGGCGGCAGUUUGAUCAGUAAACGCUACGUGCUGACGGCUGCCCACUGCUUAGGACACAACGAUCUUGCAUUUGUUCAGCUACGAAAGAAGGAUUGUGAUGAGAGCGGCGUGUGCACACUCGCAAAAGAAGACAUCCCCAUCGAACGCACCAUCGGACACGAUAGUUACAACAAACCAGUGCGGUCGCACGACAUCGGCCUGGUGCGUUUGGCACGAGACGCAUCGUUUAAUAGCGAUGUACGCCCAAUUUGUCUCCCAAUGGGACCCGAAUACCAGACGACAACAUCUAAGUACUUCGUAGCUCCACGAGGACAGGACUACGCUUCGUUGAACACUGACACGAUCGAAAUUACUGAGGUUGAUCGGGUCACAGCUGAUCAGUGUCAGAAUCGUCUAAAUGAGCGGAUACAGAUGAAAAGAACGAUUUACGAAUCUCAAAUCUGUGGGCUCCAAUCGGGUCGUUUCGAUGACUGUAGAAACUCCGGUGGACCACUGACAGCGUUAGGCCGCAAUGGACGCCACGUACAGUACGGGGUAGUUUCUUACGGGUUGAACGCUUGCAAUCUAGAUAAUUCACCCGUCGUGUACACCAGGGUGGAAAGCUUCAUCAAUUGGAUAUUGAAUAAUCUCGAAGAGUGAUCGUGCGAUCGUGCACGCUGCUCUUGGAGUUCUUUCUAAAACAACGAUUCGCCGUAAACUGUGAGCUAAUGGAUAAUUUGGAACAUUUUACUCUAAAUAC